AUGAAGAUACAAAACCUUUUGGACACUUAUGCUUUUAAAUGUGAUAUAGUAUUUAGUUCAAGAGUAUACGAAAAUAUAGAAAAAGGAAAAUAUUCUGACACAUAUGUUUUUCUACCUGAAAAGGGAAUUGAAAUGAGAAAACCUGGAGGCAAGCAAUUCAAAAUCUUUCUUUAUGAAUUAGCUAGAGGAACUACUUCAGCAGGAAAAUAUAACCUUAAUCUUGUUGCAGAAUUCGUAACAAAGAAAGGGUUUGAGAUAAAAUAUGAUGAUACUGAUUCUUUAUAUCUCAUCUGUUCAGAUAAGUAUUAUGAAAAAUGUGAUGAAGCCUUCUCCAGAAAAGAUCUUUCUAAAGAAGUGUAUUUUACUGAAAUGGUCAAAAUUACUAUAAUUGUGAUGAAAAGCUUACAAAAUCAACAAGAAAAAUAUUUUGGUGUAUCACAUAAAGAGGUGGUCAAUUUUAGGCCAGAUGAUCUCUUUAUGAGAGGAAUUGAUACUGUGAAGCAAGAGAAUUCUGAGCUCUUCAGGUUUAUUGGAGAAAAGAUUAUGUGGGAGGCAAUGGAUAUCAAUAAUACAUGUUCAAUUUGUAAAAUUGUUGAAGAUGCUCUCUGGGAUGCUAGAUUUAAGUGGUGGGAUUUUAAUUAG